AAUUUAAUGUAUCCAAUUUCUUCGAGCCCACAUGACUCCAACUUCACUACAUAAUAAUAAAUUUGUAAAUUGUAUGGAAAAACGUAGCAAAUAUUUAACAAACUAGAGAGCAUGACGGUGACUGUGUAGAUUUACGGGCAAUGAUUAGAAGACAAUAAUUUAUUUUUUUACUAUUAACAUUAUUUAUUAUUUAUUAAAGUGAAAUAAUAAUUGUAUUCACCAAGAUGUUAGAAGGUGUCAAGCAUAUUUUUAUGGUCUUGUCAGGCAAAGGUGGUGUUGGGAAGUCAACAGUUAGUACUCAGUUGGCUCUAGCUUUAAAAGUAUCUGGAUUUAAGGUUGGAAUCCUGGAUGUUGAUCUAUGUGGUCCCAGUGUUCCUUACCUGUUGAACUUGGAAGGCAAGGAUGUUUAUCAAUCAUCAGAAGGAUGGAUCCCAGUUUAUACUGAUGAAGACAAAACCUUGGGAGUGAUGUCAAUAGGAUUUCUUCUAAAAAAUCGCAAUGACAGUGUCGUCUGGAGAGGCCCUAAGAAGACGGGAAUGAUAAAAGAGUUUCUGACCGAUGUUGCUUGGAAUGACAUCGAUUAUUUGAUUAUUGAUACACCUCCUGGAACUUCAGAUGAACAUAUUACGGUGAUGGAAAAUUUAAAAGGAGUCAAGUGUGAUGGAGCUAUUAUUGUAACUACACCUCAGGCAGUUGCUGUUGAUGAUGUCUUAAGAGAAGUCACGUUUUGUCGAAAAACAGGGAUACCUAUUAUUGGGAUCGUUGAGAACAUGAGCGGAUUUGUCUGUCCAACUUGUUCUGAAUGUACAAAUAUAUUUUCUUCUGGAGGCGGUGUUGCUUUAUCUGAGCUGGUGAAAGUUCCAUUCCUAGCAAAAUUACCAAUUGACCCGGCAAUUGGCAAGCUAGCUGAUAAAGGACAGAGUAUUUUGAUUUCUAUGCCGGACAGUCAAGUAGCCCAAGUGUUGAGAAAACUUGUUGAAGAAUUAACAAAAAGUAAAGAAGCUUAAUUCCGAUACAUUUUACAUUACACAUUAAAUAGGAACGAUGGUGAAGACUGCCAGUUACAAAUGAAUGCUUGUACUUCUGCAUUGCUUAACUGUAUGCCAAUGAUAAUUGAAUAAUUGGUGCAGAAGAAAAGAAAAAACGAAUUUAGAAAUUAAUUAUAUUUUUUAUCUGUUAACUUUUAAGUGAAAAAUAAAUGAUUAUUUUAUAAUGUA